CCCCUCCCACAGCUCCAGCGGAGUCCCAAGCUCUGGGGUGUAGGAGGUGUCACCUACGAGAGUCCCAACUUCGGGGGUGGCGGUGCCAGGAGGUACCAACAGAACCGCAGUCGUCGCGACAUCCCACGACACGACCGCUCAUCACCCCCGCGCCCCGAUCCCAACUUUUCCAGCCGAACUUCAACCCACCCCGAUUAUCGCGACCAUGAAAGCCAUCAGCCCGGUUCGGUCGGUCCGGAGUUGUUACGAAGCGGUUUGUUGCCUGUCGGAACAAAGUUUGGCUAUCGUGAGAGGGGGCAACAACAAAACCCCCGCUUUGGAGGAACCCAUGAACUUGUUAUAUGACAUGAACGAUUGUUAUUCCAAACUCCGGGAAUUGGUGCCGGGAAUCCCGCAAGGAACCAAAGUCAGCCAGGUGGAGAUCCUCCAGCAUGUCAUCGAUUACAUCUUUGACCUCCAGAUCGUUCUGGAGGAGGGGGCCAAGGCCCGCGACCCCUCCUCCGAGGCCACCCUCUUGUCCCUUAAGGCAGCCGAGUUUGCCUCUGAGCUCUGCUCCAAAGACGAGAGGAGUUUGUGUCACUAACGGCUUCACCCAUCAGUGCCAAUUAGCAAACAGUGUCGGUUCCUGGUUCCUUAUCAGCCGGAGGUAAAUAGCAGCUUCCUCCGUGGCGCCGGGCUGUCUGCGAUCCACCGGCCCCGCCAUCGCCUCCCCCGGGCCCGGCCACCGCAGGCGGGGAGCGGCUGGGCCCGACCCCCCCUUUCCACCGCCAACAUUUCCCCCCCCAGAACUUCAUAG